GUUCAUGUUUCCAGCAUAAUGUUUUCUCCUUGACAAUGUAAAUCGACACGAACUACUUGAUAAGUACAUAAAAUUGAAAAUGGCAGACGACGAAGAAACUCUGCUUCAGAAACAUCGAAAGGAGAGGAAAGAACUGCAAGCUCAGGUGCAAGCCUUGAAGCGCUCCAUUCCAAAGGGAGACAAAAAGAAGAAAAAAGAAGUGACGACAGAAAUUGCCAAGUUGGAAUCAGACCUCAGUCAACGACAAGAAGAGGAGCUGAGUUCAUUAAAAGAAGCAGAAGAAGACGAUGCACAUACUGAGAAUCAGGUUAACGGCAGCUUACCUGAACAAGUUGGCAGUCUGAGUUUGGGAGAAGAUGGAGAUGCACAACCUACCAGAAUAAGCAAAGCACAGAAAAGACGAGACAAGAAGGCAGCCCAGGAGAAGGAGCGAGAAGCUAGGGCUGCGGAAGAUGCUGCUAACUUGGAGUCUAGCUCCAGGAGGAUAGAGGAAAGGAAGAUGGAAGCUCUGCUUGCUGAGAGAGGGCUGAGAGUUAAGGAGAUUUCUUCAGACGGACACUGUCUUUACAAUGCAGUGCAAUAUCAACUUGGGCUACGCGGAACUAAGGUUUCAAUGCAGCAAUUGAGGGAACAGGUUUCAGACUACAUGCAGUCUCAUGCUGAUGAUUUCAUGUGCUUCCUGUCCAAGCCUGACUCUGGAGACCCAUAUACAUUAGAGGACUAUGAGAAAUACUGCAGAGACAUUGCCACCACGGCAGCAUGGGGAGGUCACCAUGAGAUAAGUGCAAUGACCCAUCUCUUCAAGUUACCCAUCCAGAUAAUCCAGGCAGACAGCCCCACAUUAACCAUCGGUGAACAGUUCCAACAACAGCCCCUUGUUCUCUCAUAUCAUCGACACGCAUAUGGUUUGGGAGAGCACUAUAACUCUACGAUGCCUGUAUCUUCUCAAGAACAGCAAGGAGAAGACAAAGGAUUAUAACAGCAGAUUGCAGGCAAGGCCUGCUUCAUAGAAAACCCAAAUCAAUUGUAACAUACAUCACCAAGAGCCAAUUUUAUGGAGCUCCUAAUAAAAAACAAUACGCUUAGCGUAGAUUAUAUUUGCUUAGCAAAAACAGGUUACCAGCCAAAACAUCAUUGCAGUGAUGCAGUGACAUCAUUUGCAACUUGUGCUCAUCAGCAGAUUUAUUCUUAGCACAUGGAAAAGGUAAAUGUUUAACCUGAAAAACUGCAUGAAAUUGGAAGAUGCCAAGCAUGAGGUUUUCUGCGAUGGUGUUUUUAUAGACUCUGCGCGUGGACAGUUGAUUGCACUUGGUUACCACUUCAAGAGUUGAAUAAUAGGAGUGCUGGUGCAUGUUUUAUUUCAGUGACUGUGGCAGUUUCCUGUAUCUGAACUUUUCAGCUCAAUAAUUUGCUUGAAGCCUAACCCCUCCAAAGUCAUGUAGCCUUAAUUUACUUAAUAUUUUGCAGGAAUUAAAACAAAUUAUUUAUAUUACUAGAACCUUUUGUAAAAUAUUUCUCAGUUAGGGUCUUCAAAAGCAGUGUAAGGUGGCUUUAUGUAUGAUUUGUGAUAAAGAAUGAUACAUAAUUAUCAGGUCAACAACUCAUGAUGGCUAAAUAUUGAUUUUUCCAAUGAAAAAACCUGCUGUAACACAGGCAUGGAAAACUUCUGAUUGAUUGCUUGUAAAUGUCAGUUCCAUGUGACAAAUAAAAUUGUGAUAUAGAUAUAAUGGA